AUGUUAUCCAUGCUCCAUUUUUCAAUUGUCUCACAGAUAAGUUUGCUUCUUAAGUCAGGUGAAUUUCAAUCAGGAUCCUAAGUGCAUCCUGACUACUUUUUUGAGGAGUGUCUCAUAAAUCUCUUAAUCUAUAGUUCCACUUACCUAUUUUAUACUUUUUACUUAUCUCUUGAAGUUGCUGAGUGAUUUGUUCAUUAGAAUUUGUCACAUUCUAGAUUUGGCUUUUUGAAUCUGUGAUACUGUUUAGCUGAUCACCCUCCCCCUUAAUCCUGUGCACUAGAUAUUGAUGAGAUGGGUGAGAAGGUUUGGCCUCAGCAGACAGGUGGGUGAUGAUGACUUUUGGGGAAAUAAGAACAAACUCUUUUCCCAAUCCAGAAAUCCUCUCCACAACAGUAGUAGAGACAAAACAGUUUUAUUAUUAAAUAAGCAUAAAACCAGAGUUUGAUGUAUAUCACAGGCAAUCUGCUAAGAAAUUACAGAGACAGGAAAAAUCUCACCUCUGAGUGUAGACAAGGAGAUAGACCUCAUUACCUACAAAUAUUCAAGAUAAACAAUAACAAGUCCUCAAGUAAUAGGACUUGACAGCACCAUUUGUCACACACAGUUCUAAUGUUACCUGGUAAUUGCGGUGACUGUGGUAGCUUUUUGGCUUUAUUCAGAGGAAAGGUGAACAUCUUUGUGACAGGAGGUUGCUUUCCAAAUUGAAGCAGGGGGAGAACUGAGGGUAGCCUCCUUCCCUUUCACUGGAACUGGGAGAUUGGAGAGCUCUCUCAUGAUGUUUACAUUUCAAAAAACGGCUCUCAGGAUGUUUCCAUUUUAUUUCUUAUUUUUAUUUAUUUAUUUAAUUAAUUUAUUUAUUUAUGCAUACAUGCAUGCAUGCUGAGGAAGAUUGGCCCUGAGCUAAUAUCUGUGCCAGUCUUCCUCUAUUUUGUAUGUGGGUUGCCACCACGGCAUGGCUGAUGAGUGGUGUAGGUCUGUGCCAAGGAUCAGAAUCCAUGAACCCGGGCUUCUGAAGCACAGUGCACAAGCUCAACCCCUAUGCCACUGGACCAGCCCAGGAUGUUUCCAUUUUAAAGAGAUGGCUCCCAGCUUCUUGAGAAAGACAUUCGUCUGUCAUAAAGCUGGAGGAAAAGGAAGAUGCCAGCUGAUGAAAGGACUGGUUUGUGGCUCAGAACAACUCAGCACACAACAGAAAAAUGGGGAAAACAAGAUAAUACUACGAAACCUUCAAAAGAGGUUCUUAGAAGAACAGCACCUGGUUCAUGUAAAUCCUGAUCUGUGACGAUACCCACAGUUCUUAGCACAGGCAGCACCAGGAAAUGUCACCCAGAGGAGGGGGACAGAAUGUGAAACAUGGAGGUAUCACCCUGUCUCCCUGCCAAGGAGAAGGCAAACCAGGUACAAUCUGGAAGAUGCAGGGGAAUUGCCAGGCAAGAGGGACGGGGCCCUGCCUGCCAAGGCCCAGAGCUUGGAUGGCAUCUAUGUGCCUCCCUGCCUGUUAUUGCUGCGGGCUGAACACAGUGAUGAAUGGGAUCCUGAGGAGAGAGACGUUAUCAGUGGCAGCAGGGCCUGGUAUCUGCUCUGAGGACAGUAUGACCUUUGAAGACGUUGCUGUGUACUUCUCCUGGGAGGAAUGGAGGCUCCUUGAUGAAGCUCAGAGGCACUUGUACCUCGAAGUGAUGCUGGAGAACUUUGCACUCGUAUCCUCGCUGGGUUGCUGGAGUAGAGCAGAGGAUGCGGAGGCACCCUUUGAACACAGCAUUUCUGUAGAUGUGUCACAGUCCAAGACUCUCAAGGCAUGUCUGACUUUGCAUAACAUCCACCAUUGUGACUCUUAUAGUCUGGUCUUGAGAGAUAUUUUGCACUUGGCUGAGCACCAAGGAACACAACAGAGUCAGAAGAUGUUCGGGUGUGAGGCGUGUACAAAACUAUUUUAUUUCAGUGCAAACCUCCAAAAACACCAGAAGCAGCACAUCAGAGAGAAGCCCUUCAGAAGCAGUAUGGACAGGGCCUUGCUUGUGAAGAGCUGUGGAUUCCAUAUGUCACAGAGGCCCUUUACCCAUGAGGAAGUGGAGAACCACUUCCUGGCCACCCCUGGAUGUCUCCACCAGUAUGCCACUUACACCAGGGAGAAGUCAAACAAAAUCACCCAGUGCAGGGCCACUUUACAAGGCAGAAAACAUCAUUUUAUCUGGAGAAGAUGUAAGAAACCCUUCAGUCCCAAACACACACUUUGUCAGGACCAGGGUGUCCACACUGGAAGACAGUGUUUUGUGUGCCAUGAAUGUGGAAAAGCAUUCAGGUACAAAUCCUCAUUUGUUGUGCAACAGAGAAUCGACACUGGAAGAAGGCUUCAUGUAUGGGGAGAAUGCAGCAAAUCUUUUAGGCAAGCCUCAGCCUUCAGUCAGCAUCGAAGAAUUCAUUCUGGGGCAAGGCAGUGCAAGUGCAGCAAAUGUGGACGAUCCUUUAACCAAAAAUCUAUCCUCAUGUAUCCCUGGAGAAGUCACACUGGAGAAAGUUGUUACUUGUGCUGUGAAUGUGCGCAGUCUUUUCACCCUAGAUCUGUCCUUAUUCGACAACAAACAGUUCACACAGAAAGAAGGCAUUAUGAGUGCACUCUGUGUGGGAAAUCUUUUCGACGAAAAUUUUACCUCACUGUACACUGGAGAGUUCACACUGGAAAAAAUGCUCAUGGAUGCAGUGAUUGUGGGAAGUCUUUUGGCAACAGCUCAGUACUCAUUCUCCAUCAGAGAGUACAUAUGGGAGAAAGGCCUUUUCAGUGCAGGAAAUGUGGGAAAUCUUUUACCAACAGCUCAAUACUCAUUCUACACCAGAGAGUACACACAGGAAAAAGGCCUCAUGAGUGCAGUGAAUGUUGGAAAUCUUUUAGCCAUCCAUCUUACCUCACUCAACACCAGAGAGUACAUAGUGAAAAAAGGUCUUAUGAAUGUAGUGAAUGUGGGAAAUCUUUUAUCACUUGUUCUGGCCUCCAUUGUCAUCAGAGAAUUCACACUGGAAAAAGACCUUAUGAAUGUAGUGAAGGUAGGAAGUGUUUUAUCUCUAGCUCACAACUCCGUUAUCAUCAGAGAGUUCACACUGGAGAAAGGCCCCAUCAGUGUAGUCAAUGUGGGGAAUGUUUUAUCUCUAGAUCUCAACUCUGUUAUCAUCAGAGACUGCACACUGCAGAAAGGCCUUAUCAGUGCAGUGAAUGUGGGAAAUCUUUUUCAUCUGGUUCCAACCUCAGUAAUCAUCAGCGAGUUCACACAGGAGAAAGGCCUUAUGCGUGCAAUGAAUGUGGGAAAUACUUUAUCCAAAGAUGUCAUCUUGUUAGACACCAGCGAGUUCACACAGGAGAGAGGCCUUAUGAGUGCAGUGAAUGUGGGAAAUCUUUCACCACUAGGGGGAUCCUUCGUUAUCAUCAUGAGAAAGUUCACAGAGAAGAAAGGCCUUAUGAGUGCAAUGAACUUGGGAAAUCUUUUCCAUCUAGUUCCAAUCUCAGUAAUCAUCCGAGAGUUCGCACAGGAGAGAGGCCUUAUGAGUGCAAUGAAUGUGGGAAAUCUUUUAUCCAAAAAUCCAGUCUUGUCGUACACCAGAGAGUUCACACAGGAGAGAGGCCAUACGAGUGCAGUGAAUGUGGGAAAUCUUUCACCAUUAGGAGCACCCUUCGUCAUCAUCAGAGAGUUCACACUGGAGAAAGGCCUUAUGAGUGCAGUGAAUGUGGAAAAUCCUUUAGAGGAUAUUCACAUCUCAUUCAACACUGGAGAGUUCACACUGGAGAAAAGCCUUAUAGAUGUAGUGAAUGUGGGAAAUCUUAUUCCAAUAGCUCGACGCUUAUUCGACACUGGAGAAUUCACACAGGAGAAAGGCCUUAUAAGUGCAGUGAAUGUGGGAAAUCCUUCAGGAAUAGUUCACAUUUCAAUGACCAUCAGAGAGUUCACACUGGAGAAAGGGAUUAUGAAUGCACUGAAUGUGGGAAAUCAUUUAGGGAUUGUUCCCAACUCAAAAAGCACUGGAGAGUUCACACUGGAGAAAGGCCUUUUGAGUGUAGUGAAUGUGGGAAAUCAUAUACCAAUAGCUCAACACUUACUCAACACCGGAGAAUUCACACAGGAGAAAGGCCUUAUAAGUGCAGUGAAUGUGGGAAAUCUUUCAUGAGUAGUUCACAUUGCAAUAAACACCAGAGAGUUCACACUGGAGAGAGGCCUUAUGAGUGCGGUGAAUGUGGGAAAUCAUUUAGGGAUAGUUCCCAACUUAGUAAACACCAGAAAGUCCACACUGGGUAAAGGCCUUAUGAGUAGGGUGAAUGUGGGAAAUGUUUUGCCUGUAUCUUGACACCCCUUCAAUACCAGAGAGUUCGCUCUGGAGAAAGGGCUUAUGAGUGCACACAAUGUGGGAAAUCUUUAACCCGAUGCUCUGCACUCUGUCAACAUGAGAGACUUCACACUGGAUCAAGUUCUUGAGUCAAGCAAAUGUGCAAAAUUCUUUAGCUAAAGGACUGUGUUCCUUCCACGUCAAUAGUUGACACUGCAUCAAGCCUCACGAGUGGAGUGAAUGUGGAAAAUGCUUUCCUGAAACUCGGAUCUCAUUCACUGCAGGAGAAUUCACAAUUUAGAAAGUCCUCAUGCUAUACCAAAUGUCAUAAGUCAUUUUAAAUUUAGUCCUUUUAAUAACUUUGUCAUGCUGUUUCCAUGUUGUUUUAAUUGUAUUUCCCUAAGGAUUCCUGAUGAGAAGUUUUUCACUUGUUUAUUUGCUCUCUGUAUGUCUCUGGUAAAAUGUCUGCUGAUAUUGUUUGCCUGUUCUUUCAUGAACUUUGGCUAUUUACCUUUUCUUUGCUGAAUAGGACAGUGAAAUAACGAAGAUGUAUAUUGGAACUUCACUCAGUUUUGAAUACGAGUGACUUUUUUUUUUAAUGGAAUAAUUGUCUUCAAUACUGGAAGAAUAUGUCCUAAUUUUUUUCAAAAUUUUUUGUGCUAUGCACAAUGUAAUGGACACAUAUACCAUACUCCUUUAAUAGUAAUCUGCAUUGUGAACAUAUUCCCCACCUGGGUUUUUUUUUUUUUUCCUGAGGAAGAUUCACCCUGAGCUAACAUCUGUGCCAAUCUUCCUCUCUCUUGUAUGUGGGUUGCCACCACAGCAUGGCUCAUGAGUGGUACAGGUCAGCACCCGGGAUCCGAACUGUGAACCCAGGCAGCCGAAGCAGAGCAUGCCAAACUUCACCACUAUGCCAUGGGGCCAGCCACCCUCUCUCUUUCUUAAGUCCAGAUGUUCAGUAAUACAAUAAAGUCUUGCUUUGUAGUGUU